AACCAUCCAAACGAACGAGGGUGAAACAAAGCGGACGCCGCCGUAGCUUCGCUUCGCAGCAGAAACCUUCUUCUUAUACACCCAGGCUCUCUCUCUCUCUCCAAACCCAAUUUCAGCUCCGCCUUCGUCUCUGUAGCAAAGUUUUAUUUUCCUACAUGGAGCAAAUGGAGGCGCCAAUUUUAGAUGCCAUAUAUGGUGGAGCUGUAAAUUUUACUGACAAUGGUGCAGAAGCAGAGUCUUUCAAGCAUCGGGUUGAUGAAAUUUUCGUAAAAGUUGAUAAGCUUGAGCAAAGAGUGAAUGAGAUAGAGCAGUCGAGUAAAAAACAGCCGAAUGCAUGUAAAAGUAGCUCAACUGUGAAGGAUAAAGACAAACAUAUCCCAAGUAUGAAGAAGCAGCAGCAGGAUGCAGCAUGUAGGGAAGCAGCUGCUGCAAAGAGAAUGCAGGAACUUAUGCGCCACUUUGGCACAAUAUUGCGUCAGAUUACACAACACAAGUGGGCAUGGCCCUUUUUGCAACCUGUAGAUGUAGAAGGUCUUGGUUUACAUGACUAUUACAAGGUUAUUGACAAGCCAAUGGACUUCAGUACAAUUAAAAACCAAAUGGAGGCCAAGGAUGGUACUGGAUAUAAAAACGUUCGGGAGAUAUGUGCUGAUGUGAGAUUAGUCUUCAAAAACGCGAUGAAAUAUAAUGAUGAGAGAAGUGAUGUUCAUGUUAUGGCCAAAACUUUGAUGGCGAAAUUUGAGGAGAAGUGGCUGCAGCUUCUUCCUAAAGUUACUGAAGAGGAAAAAAGGCUAGAAGAGGAGGAGGCUGAAGCACAGUUAAAAAUGCAGCUUGCUGAAGAGGCUGCUCGUGCCAAAAUGGCUAGAGAUUUAAGUAACGAGCUUUAUGAGGUUGAUAUGCAUUUGGAAGAACUCCGAGAAAUGGUUGUUCAGAAGUGCAGAAAAAUGUCGACUGAAGAAAAGAGAAAACUUGGGGUAGCCCUUACCAGAUUGUCGCCUGAGGAUCUCAGCAAGGCAUUAGAUAUUGUUGCACAAAAUAAUCCAGGUUUCCAGGCUACUGCUGAUGAGGUGGACCUUGACAUUGAUGCUCAGACUGAGUCUACCUUGUGGAGGUUGAAGUUUUUUGUGAAGGAUGCUAUAGAAGUUCAAGGCAAGAGUUCGGCCAGCAUGGGCGGCAACACCAAUACCAACACUAAUAACCACAACAGCGGCAACAAAACUAAUAACAAUCUCACCAAUGCUACAAAUAAGCGAAAAAGAGAGAUUUCUGAUGCUAUCGUCAAAACUGCCAAGAAAAAGAAUAAAAAGCCAUCUCCUUGAUCAUGUCAUGCGACUCAUGCCAUGGGAGAGCAUUAGGUUGUAUGUUUGGGAAAAUUGUGAAGGCAAUCGUGUUAUAGGUGCUGUUUCUCAAUACAAUAACCAAAGUCUGCCUCUGAUGGUGGUGCUCUGCCAUGGUUGCCAGAUUUACAGCAAAUUGUAGACUAGGAGAUCGUCUUUAGCACACUAAGCUUAAAUAGUCAAAAUUAGUGUGUCUAUCUAAUUAGUUUAUCUUUUUUGAGUCUUUCUAAUUUUCCUUUUGGUUUUUAAGUUGUCUAAUCUAAUUCCAAUGUGGAAAUUACAAUUAUUUCAAAAUGUGAGGCCAGCUAACUUCAAUAGUA